CUUUAAAUGCAACGCAUCCCCAACACCUUCUUUCUCCACCUUUCGUUCGCAUUUUCUCUCCUCACUCCACUUCGACUCGCGCUCUCCAUUCGUCUCAUUGUCCCCCCCAUCCCUCCCAUCCCUCCCCUCGCUUGUCCCUGUACUCACACCUUUCCAUCACACCUUGUACUCCUCCACAAAUAUCUCAACUUUCACCUCCCCCCCUUCGAUAAUUCUCCCCCAUAUCACAUAGUACCCCAUCGCCAGCGCUCUCCAGUCAGUGCGCCCAGUAGCACGCAACGCCCUCUCCCAUUUGUACAUAGAACCCUACCCCUCCCUAAUAACACCACAGUACAUCCACAUAGAACAUGAGCAUUACACCCUCCGUAACAAUGUCAGGCGCCACAACCCUAGCCGUCGACACCCUUGUCUCAAUCAUCACAUUCGCAACCGCCACAGCCUCAAAUCCAACCUCAACAUCCCUAUCAAUAGCAGCAGAGUUGCCCUCACCAGCACCAGAUCCAAAUGUACUGCUAUGCGACUGGACGAGGUCAGCAGCCGACUGCAGAGAUGCGGACUUUAUACGGUGCAUGCUAAUAGCAUCCUCAGUCCUUCACGUGGCUGUUGGACUCUUUGGUAUCUGGUUACUGGUGUACCGAAACAGAGGAUUCAACCGCAAGAUUGCUACAGAGCUAUUUAUCUUUGUUGGGACUUGCUCAUCCCACCUUUGCUUCUUGGUCUCUUCAACGAAAAGAUGGACUGCCUCAUUUUCU